GGGCUGCGCGCAGUGUCCAGCAUGAGCGGCUUGGGCGCCGCGGGAGCGCCCGUCGGCCCAGCCCCGCCGGCUCAGGAGGAGGGCAUGACAUGGUGGUACCGCUGGCUGUGCCGCCUGGCCGGCGUGCUAGGGGCCGUGUCCUGUGCCAUCUCUGGCCUCUUCAACUGCGUAACGAUCCACCCUAUGAACAUCGCAGCUGGCGUGUGGAUGAUCAUGAAUGCCUUCAUCCUGUUGCUGUGCGAGGCACCCUUCUGCUGCCAGUUUGUGGAGUUUGCAAACACAGUAGCUGAGAAGGUGGACCGGCUGCGCUCCUGGCAGAAGGCUGUCUUCUACUGCGGGAUGGCCAUCGUCCCCAUCGUCAUGAGCCUGACCCUGACCACACUGCUGGGCAAUGCCAUCGCCUUUGCCACCGGGGUGCUGUACGGAUUGUCUGCCCUGGGCAAAAAGGGUGAUGCCAUUUCUUAUGCUCGGAUCCAGCAGCAGAGGCAGCAGGCAGACGAGGAGAAGCUGGCUGAGACUCUGGAGGGAGAGCUGUGAAGUGAGGCAGGGCGGCCUAUCCUCACUGCGAACAGCCAUUGGAUUCUGUGUGAAUUCUGGAGAAGGCUGACUGUCAACUCUGUUAAAUGGCCCAGGAGAGGAGUCCCUGCAAGUCUCCAUGCCUCGAGUCUUCCUGUGCCUACCCUGUUCACUGGACCUCCUGAGCUUGGGGCUCCUGCCCCACCAGUCCCGAAGGCCUGAGCCGUAGGCUAUGGUGGGAUGAACGCACUCCUGUCCGCCUGCG